UGGCAGAGCUGGUUGUUUCAAACCUCAGUCAAAGCGAAAGCGAAGUCGCUAUGCGGGGAGAUGUAAGAUGGCAGAGCUGCAAAUGUUGUUAGAGGAAGAAAUUCCAGCCGGCAAAAGAGCUCUUGUAGAGAGUUACCAGAAUCUCACACAAGUAGCAGACUACUGUGAAAACAAUUAUGUUCAGGCCCAGGACAAGAGGAAAGCUCUGGAGGAGACCAAAGCCUACACCACCCAGUCCCUGGCCAGCGUGGCGUACCAGAUCAAUGCCUUAGCCAACAACGUGCUGCAGCUGCUGGACAUCCAGGCCUCACAGAUGUGCCGAAUGGAGUCCUCAAUCAAUCACAUCUCUCAGACGGUGGACAUCCACAAAGAGAAGGUGGCCAGGCGAGAGAUCGGGAUCCUCACCACCAACAAGAACACAUCGAGGACCCACAAGAUCGUCGCCCCGGGCAACAUAGAGCGGCCGGUGAGGUACAUCAGGAAGCCCAUCGACUACAACGUGCUGGACGACGUUGGCCAUGGGGUCAAGUGGCUCAAAGCCAAGCAGUAUGGAAACAGUCAGCCAAUCAGAGGAGGAACACUAUCGAGGACCAAUCCGCCGACACAGAAACCUCCUAGCCCGCCGCCCAUGACAGGUACCAUGUCAGGGCGUGGAACUCUGGGACGCAGCACGCCCUGUAAAACUCUGGAGCCGGUGAAACCACCCACAGUGCCAAACGACUAUAUGACCAGCCCUGCUCGACUAGGCAGCCAGCACAGCCCUGGACGUACUGCAUCUCUCAACCAGAGACAAAGAACCCACAGUGGUAGUAGUGGGGGUAGUGGCAGCAGGGAGAACAGCGGGAGCAGCAGUAUUGGCAUUCCCAUGGCCGUGCCUACGCCCUCCAUUCCCAACUCUGGACCAGUCCCGACCAUGUCUGCUCCCCCCGGAGCCCCUCCCCCUCCUCCACCUCCUCCUCUCCCUGGGCAGAGCCCCCCAGUGGCCCCAGUGGCUUCUGCAGCAAUAGCGGUGGCCCCCGGGCCUGGUCUUGGCCCCAUCCCCAUGUCCCAGUUCGGCACCAUCUCGCGGCAGAUCUCACGGCACAACUCUACCACCUCUUCGGUCUCCAUGGUUUCGGCCACGGGCACCUACCGCCGGGCGCCGUCCGUCACCUCCCAGUUCUCCCUGCAGCAGCAGCAGAUACAGCAGCCGUACAUUAACGGGGGAACCUCAACCUACCCCCAGAACUCAACUGCCCCUCCUCCCCCCAUGCCCCAGCUGACUCCACAGAUACCUCUGACAGGCUUUGUGGCCAGGGUGCAGGAGAACAUUGCGGACACCCCCACUCCGCCUCCCCCUCCUCCGCCCGAUGACCUGCCCAUGUUUGAUGAAGCUCCUCCCCCUCCUCCGCCGCCACCAGUUGACUACGAGGAAGAGGAAGCGGCUGUAGUUCAGUACAGCGACUCGUAUGCUGAUGGAGACCCCCAGUGGGCGCCCAAGAGCUACAUGCAGAAAGUGGUGGCCAUCUACGACUACACUGCGGAUAAAAACGAUGAGCUGAGCUUCAUGGAGGGAGCCAUCAUCUACAUCAUUAAGAAGAACGAUGAUGGCUGGUUCGAGGGAAUCAGUAGCGGAGUCACGGGCCUGUUCCCCGGCAACUACGUAGAGUCCUUCAUGCACUAAGCUGACUGGAGGGACCCUACUGCACUCUAUUGUGCUUCUACUACAGACGUCUGACCUUACGAAGGACAGGGAAGUGCUUUUGGAUAUGACAGAAUGUUUGGUCUCUUACUAAUUGCAAAUAAAUCCAAAUACAAAAUAUCUAUUUACUUUAUUUUGUUGUUGGUGGUGUUGUGGGUGGGUGGGUUGAGGGGCAUAAAGUAUAUAAUGAAUGAAUAGGACAAGGCUGAUAAUGUACUCACAAGGGCUGUGAUGUAGGGAUGUUUUCAAAGACCAGGCAGUGGAGGCAGCUGAGGGGAAAGACGGGCUCAUAACAAUAGGUGGAACGGAGCAAAUGGAAUGGCGUCCAAAAACCUGGAAAACCAUGUUUGAUCCCGUUCCACUGAUUCCGCUCCAGCCUUUACCACAAGCCCAUUCUACCCAAUUAAGGUGACACCCACCUCCUUUGAGACCAGGGUAACGUUAGCUGAAGGACAUCCUGCCUUUACGUGUUCUUCCUGUUUACAUAUGCACGACAUAACAUCUGACCCAACUAUUCAUCUAUUGAACUACACAUUUCUCAUGCACUUAUAAAGUAUUAAUGUCUUUGAGUGUAUCAAGAGUAGUAUGCUAUAUGGAGACUAUGUCUGUCAGACGGCAUGUAAUGCAUAUGUAAACAUUAGGCGAUCUUUGUGUAGACCUUCAGUGGAAGUGCUACUUUCUGUUAAUUGUAUAUAAUGUGAGCUGCAGCCUGUUGGGUGUCUGUAGUGUAAAUUCAGUGAAUGUCAAUCGCAGUAUCUCAAGCAGGCUACUUACCACACACACACAUGCAAAUGUCCUACAGAAUAUUCUGUUUGAUUUACUUAAUUUUUUUAUUUGACUUUUUUGACAAUACAAAAACAAUAGACAACUCAACAUACACACAUUUUAACAAACAUGAAUGACCUCCCCCUUGGUCAGACCCACCCCCUCGCCCAUCCUGCCAGUCAUCCCCUGGACGUCUCCAAAACCUCAUGCCAUAAAGCUUCAAACUGCCCUAUUCUGCCUCUCUCUGUUGCCCAAAUUGUUCAAUAUUUAGAUAACGCAUUUGAUUAAUUGAUUUAAACACUUUAUUUUAUGAUUUGACAACAACAAAAACUACAAAAGUUAUCACAAGCCUGAUCCAUUUUGGAUAUUAAAUUUUAAAUCUUAUUUUGCUUUUUAAUAAUUUAAAUAAAAAUAAUGAAACCUUUUUAUUUCAGUCAUUCCUGAAGUCGGAGCGUAAAGCAAAAUCUAAUAAAAAUGUAUAUCCUGUUUAAUUAUGCUUCCAUUUUGUUGUAAUACUUUCAAUUUAGGCUUAAAUUGUCUAGACACAAGGCAUUCUGGGACGACUUGGUUUUAUUUUCAAAAUGCUCUUAAUUUAAGAAUAUUCAAUUUGCAUAAAUUAUUUCAUCUGGUAACGCAGUGAAAAGCAACACCAUUACGUCGUGACUCCCCAGUUUGUAAAUAACACCUUUUCACUAUUUAGAGUUCCACGUCCAUUUAAAAAAAAAAGUUGUAGUACACGUCUAAUCUGAGCAAAAUGAUUUAUCUGUAGGUAUUUUUUGGGGAUCAAAGUAUAUAAUGUGAACAGUUAUGCCGUUUUCGUGGGCUUAGUUUUCAAAACUGUUUAGUCAUGGUGUUAUUGAAAAAAAAAAAAGUUGCCAUUUGACUAGUC